AAACAAAAGCAAACCAAAUUCUUCGCUCCAAAAACUUUGGAAUCUUUUCGAAAGAUCUCUAGCAAACGGCAAAGUUUUCCUCCGUUCCUGAAAGAUGUGUAAUUCUGCCUGCGGUUCGGUUUCGUACGCCCUGGCCUACGGUCCAGUGGGCCCCGCCCUGCCCGCAAUGAAAUACACCAACUGCUGCUGUGGCCCCUGCCCUCCCUGCGGACCCUGGACCUGCCCGCCCAACCGCUGCUGUAGCUGCUGUGAAUGGGGAUGCUUUGGGCCCUACUACUGAGACUCUAAGCGGAGCGGAGUAGAAGGAAUCUCGUCUCAGAUCAAACUGUUGCCGAAACACCUCGCACAAUUAGAGGAGCGAAGUUUUUGUUGCUGCUACAAUAAACAAUAAUGUAUUGAAAAUA